AUGACUGACAAAGUUGCUUUUACUAUGAAACUUAAACCAAAUGUUAUUGAUGAAUAUAAACGUCGACAUGAUGAGAUAUGGCCAGAACUUGUCGCAUUAAUUCGCGAACAUGGUAUAUCUGAUUAUUCAAUUUUUCUUGAUGAAUCAUCAUUAACUUUAUUUGCUGUUCAAAAAGUUUCUGCAAAUACAAUUUCAUCAAAUGAUAAAUUACGCGAAAAUGAAAUUAUGAAACGUUGGUGGGUUCAUAUGGCUGAUCUUAUGGAAACCAAUAGUGACAAUUCACCUGUUACUCAUCCACUUAAACUUGUUUUUCAUAUGGAUUGA